GGCCGCCGCCGGCCAGCAGUGACGCGGUUCAUCAGUUGCUGUCGUGUUCGGUCAAAACAUCGCGUCGGAUCGCGAGGUUUUUCGGGGUUAGGUUCGCUUUCGAGUCGAUUUGGCUCGUUUGGAAAAAAGUUACGUCGCAAUAUAUAUAUAUAUAUAUAUAUAUAUAUAUAGCCAUAGCAGGAUGCUGCACUAAUAGCCGCACACUAUAAACGAGCACCGAACGAUAUGUUUACUAUAGAAAUUUAAAAAAGAAAAAAAUAAUUCGGCCAAGUUUACGGACAUAAUCAUGCAGGUGAAACUAGAUCCGUAUCAAAAGACACUCGCGGUAGAGUCUCGGGACAAGUACAUUAAUAUACCAUAUCCUCAUCGCGAUUUGAAUAAGAUAUUAUAUUGAACUUGGAUACGUAUUAUAUAAAUAUAUCAUCAAUCUCUCGAAAAAUAAUUAAAUAAUAAGGCACUGUGAUUCUCAUCGUCGCACUAAAACGAAAUAUGCUUGGGAAGUACACACCAUCUUAAAAUAGUAAUAAAUAUCAGUUUUAAAAAAAUUAUUAUUGAUAAACUUAAAUAGGAAAAAUACUCGUAUAGAGACGAAAAUAAUUUAAGGAAAUUAAAUUCUCUACAAUUAUGAUAUCUAUAUCGGAAUUUGCAGCCAAGUGCAUUAUAUGAUGAUAUCACAAAAAUAUCGUUAAAAAAGAUGUUGAAAACCUUGCUUGAAACGAUUUAAAAAAAAAAUGCAUUCCCAUUCUCUUAUUUUUGUGUGCUGGAGAAGAAACAUGCAAUAUAAAAUAAAUAUAUUAAAAAUAAUGUCUAUGACGAAUAAGAGCUGUCCAAGAAUUUGUAAGGUUCUUGUAGUGUGUGAUAUGGGGAUCAUCAGUGAAGAUGGGGUGCGCUACACUACUGUACUAAUAUUAUAUAUAAUUUUCGUCAUUUUAUCGGGUAGAUUUUACUGAACUUGUAAGAAUGACCAUAAUAAUGCCAAUCGUCGAAUCGUGCAUUUCAAUAAUGCGUAUUCUAUGAGUAAUUUUCAUAUGUUUUCUCUCAAGCGAGAUGUAACGCGAGAGAUGACUCGAAAAUUUUAAUAUAUAUAAUAUACAAUAACGUUACUCUUCUUGUUUCUCACAGUUCUGCUCCACUGCGGUGGGAUGUGUGAUAACUGAUAUACAUACAUUGUAUGUGCAUGUAUAUAUUAGUUUGCGACGGCGCAAGUUCCUCCCGGUGGGGAGAAUCACCCGCCCUCUCAUAUUCUUUCUCUCUUGCGUCUCUUUUCCUUAUAUUUUGUAUCCAUCGUUCCGCGUACAUGUUGAACUGUCGUCCUCGUAAGCUUCAACAAACUCUCGCCUCGUCUCGGCCUCGCCGGGAGGUCACGUAUUUUGUCACGACCCGGUCGGAGCCACCGUGCUCGAAUCGUCGUGUACUCACGUCGAUACAAAAUUCUUCUCGCGCGGGGAAAAAGUCCUAAAGCGCUAAAAGUGAUUUGAUUAUUGGCUGAUAGCGCGCACUUCGUAUAUAUACCAAUAACGACAAACUCUACUUUCUCACUUUUGUACGCCGUUAACGUUUGACUAACAGGUGGAACAGAUCAAGCGGUGUUUGUACCAAAUAAUAAAACCAGCCGUCUUCCUUUUCGUCCGUUUCUUUAUUUUUUUUUUGCAUUUAUUCGGCCAUUUUCAAUUUUCAUUUCGUUUUCGUAUACAACAAGCUUGUGCAAACGUUUGGCGCAUUGUUCGCGGGGAACUGUAUGUUUUUGUAAUAUUUAUCGAGAGGAUGCUAUCUUCGUUAAAGACGAAUCUGGCUCUUUGCCUCGCCCUCAUCCUGACCACUCAAUUGCCUUCUACUACAAUGGCAAUCGACUUGAGCCGACUUUACGGACAUCUUACAAAACGUAGCGGGGAUGCUUGUCACCCGUACGAGCCGUUCAGGUGUCCGGGCGAUCGUACAUGCAUAUCCAUCCAGUAUCUUUGCGACGGUGCACCCGAUUGUCAGGAUGGAUAUGACGAGGACUCGCGGCUUUGUACCGCUGCAAAGAGACCACCGGUCGAAGAAACAGCCAGUUUCUUGCAAUCAUUGCUCGCUAGUCAUGGUCCGAAUUAUCUCGAAAAGCUUUUUGGAUCCAAGGCAAGGGACACGCUUCAGCCACUUGGGGGUGUUAAUACAGUUGCCAUCGCUCUUUCCGAAUCUCAAACGAUCGAAGAUUUCGGAGCUGCGCUACAUCUGAUGAGGGCCGAUCUGGAACAUUUGCGUUCGGUUUUCAUGGCCGUCGAGAACGGUGAUCUGGGCAUGCUGAAAUCGAUUGGCAUCAAGGAUUCGGAACUCGGCGAUGUCAAGUUUUUCCUUGAGAAGCUGGUUAAUACAGGAUUCCUCGAUUAAAACAGCAAUCUGCUUUAAUCGACUCGGAAAACAAAACAAAACGGCAUGUCUUUCGUACUUGGUCUCCGGACUUUUUGCGUCAUCGCUUCUGCCUCUCGAUUGGUCCAGUAGUCCGGUUGUGCGGCGAUUAGGAGAAUUUUCAUGAACAAAGAAUUGAGAGAAAAAAAAACAAUGUAAAAAGUAUCAAGAUUUUAUUCAGGAAAUUUGGCUCAAGUACCAGUAGGGUUGCAGUGACGCAUCGAAAGUCGUAUAUUUCAUCACACCCCAUACAUAUAUGUGUGUAAGAAGCAUGCAGAGAAAAAGGAAAUUAAGGGAGGCAUGCAGGGAGUCAAAGAAUUUUCUCUUACGAUGUUGUCUUAUUUAAAAAGUUAUCGCAAAUUUGAUCAAUAAUUAUAGGAUUUUUGUCUGAAAACGAAAACGAAAAGUAUAUCGCUAUCACUCUCACCUUCGCAAAAACAAUCGAGCUUAUAGCUUUGCGGGCGUAAACUUGCACAAACGCGAUAAUGCAUGAGGGGUGGAGAAACAAUGAUAGUUUAGGUAAGGCGCGUGCGGUGUGAAAUAUCGAAUGAAUUGAAAAAAGCAAAGGCUUCAUAUUCUGCAUAUACUACGUACGAGUGCUGCAAAAUGCACGCGUUUAUGAGGGUGAAUAUGCCUCAGAAGUUGAAUUACAUGUGGCCGGUCCAAUCGAUUUGUUAAAAACAAUGAUUUUUUUUGGGUUUUUUGCUCGCGUUGAGAAACUUUGCUUCCCAGUUUAUAAAUUCACAGUAGACGCGUUUUCGUUUAGAGUCGUCUCAUGUCGCAUGAAACUUGUAAUAAAAAAUAGAAUCAAUAUAAGCGAUGAGCAACAAGAAUUUUCCACUAUUAACCGAUACGAUCAAGUUUGAUCCUGAAAAUACUGAUCGUUGAGACAAGCAGAGACUUCCUAUACGCUGCGUACGAUUAAAAAUUUCAUCUUUCCAGGCACCUGUAAUAUAUAAGAAGUAUAGUUACUUAUAUAUCGUUUGUACUUAUGUAUACUCGGUUUUAUUCGUGUAAUAUUUCUUAAAGCGGGAUGACAACUCGGGUGCCACUGUCGUAUUUUAUUUGCUUUUAUUAUUUCCCUCCUCUGCAGAACGGAGUGUGAUAAUAAUCGUGUGAACGCAAAUAUAUAUACAUAUGGCCUACGGGGCGGGGGAGGGGGGUGGUGGUGGUGUUAUUAUUAUUAUCCAUGGGACGACGAUUCCGUUAUUAUAAUGAUGGCCGUAAGUUCUCGAACAUUAGAAGCGCGAAACGAAAAGUAUAUUACUAGGAGGGCUUUUAAGAUGCAGUUUUUCGUGUCCUAAAAUAAUCUCAACCUGUUUACGCGAAUUAAAAUUAGACGAAAACCAAAUUUAUUUUCAUAUUAGGUAAUAGUAUCUCGACCGAGUGAUAAAACAGAAAAAUGGCCAACCAAUUUUGACUGAGCAGUUGGAGGAGGUGUAUAAGAAACUUUCAAUUGUUUCGCGUAUAGAUUAACGAUGAGUAGUGCACCAUUGCGACAGCAAAUUUUCUUAGGACACGACGAACGACCGUAUUAUAUACUAACGAACACAAAAACUUGAAUUUUACACUAUACCUAUUGAAAACAAACCCCCCCCCCCCCCCACACACACACACACACGCGCGCGCGCGCACAAACCCAAACAAAGAACAAAAAAAUUGUACCUGCUCGCUCAAAUAAUUUUGAAUCGACAAUUCGGCUGAUGGCAAUGAUUCGUUUUUCGCCAUUCGCUGAAACAAUUAAUGCCAUCUCGUAGCCCAUCACGUGACAAUGAUACUCCUCAAUUUUUUUAAUCGGGGAGAGUGCUUCGUACAAUCUUUGCGUAAAAACAAAUGACAAGAGUUAUGAUAGGUAAAACGAAAAUAAAUAAAUAAAAGAUUUAAUGCGAUUGCAAUCCCUUCGCGAUAAGUUCAUCAAUAUAUUAAUAUGAGACAUUCCAUACGUCAUUUCACUCGGCCGUGACUCCGACCCCGUCUGACUCGGACUAAUUUUCGGAUAUUCAUCUCACGUAUAUGUAUAUAUGCGAAGGGUUACCAUUUUUCAAUAAACCUCGCAAUUUCGCCGAGUUCGGAAAUAUCCUAACGCUCGUAUGUCUGCUGAAAAUACUCGACAUAUUGAAAAAUGUUCUUGCAUAAAUUUUUCUCAUUUUCGUUCAUGCUUCCACGACUAAAACGGUAAAAUACACGUUAUCAGCCUUAUCAACAUUUUUUUCCCCAUUUGAAAGCAAAACUAUCAUCUUAAAAAAUAGUUUCGACUUUUGUUUUUUACUCCAAAAAAUGAAUACAACUUAUAAUUAAUACAACUUAUGAAACUUGUACAUUUUUUUUUUUUGCAAAAAAGAGCUUUGAACAUUUGAAAACUUUGAAUACGUACGAAAGAAAUUUGGAAAGUGAUCUGGAUAUUUCUUUCGGAUCGUUUCGGGAUAUUAUUUAUAUUGAGCAUACUAUUACGUAUCGGACAAUGCCAAUAAAAUGGUAAGGAGUCAAAGGCACGGUUGAACGACGAAAUGACGUCAAAAAAAUUGGGGUGGUCCUCAUUUGUGUUUGAAAUAGGUACAUUGGCCGUUUUCUAUAUUUGAAUGAUUUUUUUUUCUUUUCAAUUUGCCUUACAAUGUAUCGAGUACUAUUGUUAUAAAGGGAUUAGUGGACUUUUGCGCGAGUGAAAAAAAGAGUAGCAACGAAAAAUGUAGCAAAUACAAGUUAAAUAUAUAAAUUAAAAUUAAUCAAGGACACGUCCGUCCAUAAUGACACUCUUUCCCGGUGAUGCAACGUACUUUUUUUAUAUUCAUUUGAAGUUUAGCUGGAGGAUGGGUGAGGGGGGAGGGAGAUUAGAAAAAAAAAUCUGAAUCGCAGUACGGACCACCCUAAUACAUACGUAUAGCAAUAUAAAAUCAUAAUACUUUUCAAUAAUACCAAUAAACAUUGUUAGUCGGUGAAAGUAUGAUGAAUUCAUAUUGUACGUAAUUAAUAUUUGAAUUGGCUGGGUAAACUUAAGUUUUAGUAGAUUGGUAUGCCUUAACAUACUGACUGUGUGCUGUAUACAUGCACGGGUUAAUAGUUUGCAUCUAUUCAAUCUACUGACUGUUUGACUUCGUCUAUCGACCGCGGGUUGUUAUUAAGUAAUUUUUUACCCAGCUGAAACGAAACAUAAAAUAUUUGUCAGCCUCUCCGGUCGGUAUUGAUCGUGAUGAAAAGAGAGCAAUACACACGAAGCAAAACACGAGAAAUGGUUAACGAGACCACUCGAAUCCUAUGUACGGGCUGCACCCGUAUGGCUAUCCAAUUAAAUUUCCAAAUACAUUUUCGUUAUAAUAGGCAAUGAAGAUUAGUACACGAUCCAGCAACAUAAGCGAGAAAUUAUGAAACUUUCUACUGAUUAAAAUUGUCACCGUCCUAUUGGAAUACAUUAUAUAUACAUAUAUAUAUAUAUAUAAUAUAGCAUGGAAAAGAUUGGAUAUUUACAAACUAUUUGAACAUGGAAUUCAAGUCCGAAAAAGUUGAAGUACCUGUGAGUGUAAGCGCUUGAGCACGCACGUGAAAAUUCCAGCGAUUAAAGAUCAUGAAGAAUAUUAGUGUGAGAGAAUGAUGAAGAAAAGAAAAGAAACACACGCGCAUACGCACACACAGAGGCACGAAAAAACACAUUCAAUAUUGCGAAAAAAGACAAAUCUUGUUUUUUUUUUGUUAAAGACCACGGAAACAAAAAGUACACAAGCGUCGACGCAGUAUUUUACAAUGGAUGAUAAUGUAUGAGCAUUUUUUAAUUAAUAGUCCUAAAGUUGAUCCGGACAAUUUCUCUGGCAGUGUUCAUAUAUAGAUGGGAUGCAACAAUCAUAAUGAAUAUGACGUGAAUAAAGCGAUGUACUCGGUGUGUUACAAAUCAUACAUAUCAUAAAUAGUAUAUAUUUAAUAUAGUACAACCGGACUUACGGUCAAUCAGACAUAUCAUAUAGACGAGACUGUUUUUCUAAUCUCCCGUCGACACAAUUAUUAACAUCAUCAAUUAUGCGCAACGCAUUUGAUAAAAUUAUUCAAAUCGUGUAUCGAACAAUCUUAUAAUGUCUCGUGAUUGCUAUACCUGAAUAGGUAAAAUUAUAAUUGCCUGUUGAAAAAAAAACAAAAAAUGAAAAGACAGGUGUAUGUCUAGUGGGAAAUUUUCGUGUGAUCGUCUUACAAUGGGAAGAAGCAAGUAUAUAGAUAUAGAGAUAUCGGUUUUUGGGAUCUCUAUCGAUAAUUUAAUAUCGCACACAUAUCAUAUCAUACGUAUAUACGUAUGCUCACAUGUAAAGUGAGAGCAUUAAGACGAAGAAGAAGAGAGAGAGAGAGAGACAUUGCGAAGCCAAUGAAAAAUCAUCCGAACCUACUUCUUCUUCGUCUUUGCCUUCUUCCUCUUCUUCUUCUUCUUCUUCUUCUUCUUCUUCUUCCUCUUAUGUGUAGUAAAAUGAAGAGAAAAUAUUCGGUUGGGAAAAAGAAAACAAAAAAAUGAAUCUUUUUUGAAAGAAAACAAAUUAUUUAAGGGAAAAUGGAUACUAGAUUGUUGAAAAUCUUCGCCGAAAUUCCAGGAUGAUAGUGAAAAAAAGGAAACGAAAAAUAGGAAAAGUUGUCUGCGAGAGUACUUUUAUGCGAUAGGAAAAUACUAUUUUGGUAUAAAGUAAAGUAACUCCCUCCAGGUUUGCGACCACGGUUUAAUAUAGGGCCUGAAUCGUGGUAGCCCGCUUUUGGGGAACCACUCCUGCAUCAUCGAUGCCAAAGGGUCAAGACGUUCCUCUUCGCUCAUUGUUUAUUGCCGUGCCUUGUCCCUUUAGCAGCUUGAUGUUAAAAAAUGAUAGAAAGAAUAAUUAUAAAAUAACAUAUAAAAUAGCAAAGAUAAAUGGAUUUAUUCGAAGGAAAAUAAUCAUUUAAGACACUCCCAUACAGAUAUGUUUACAUUGUUUUAUUGAUUGCUCCGAUAUGCGCCAUUGAUCGCAUACAAUGUUCAGAAGUGUAUAUGUCUAAUAAACAGCGGUUAUUUGAGAUAGAUCGUAAAGGAAUGUCGAGGAAAAAAAAACAAAAUUAAAGAUCGCUACCAGAUGUGCGGAAUGGAAAAAUGUAUUGAACUCGUGCGAAAAUAAAUAACUGGAAAACGAAA